AAUGUCACUUCAAACCUAGACAGACGCCUCUCUCUCUCUCUCUCUCUCUCUCUCUCUACCUUGUGGUGUUUUUGAAGGCCAAUCAUUCACUGUUCCCUCGAAAAUUUACAGGUUCUAUUCCUCCUUCCCAUUCUCGAUUUUCCAUUUGCAAUUCUUCUACGCCGUUCAAUUUCUACGCUUUGUUUUUAUUUUCCAUUCAGAAAUGCGUAAACCCAAUCGAAAUUCCACCAAAAUCCGCCAUUUUUAGGGUUUUAAUAGCUUGGUCUCUUCCUCAACCUCGCUUCCGAAUUCACUGAACAAUGCUGUACGAUUGAGAACCAUUUAGCUUAUUUAAUUUUCAAUCAGUUAUGCUGUCGCUGUGAAUUUCUGCUAUUCGAAAUGGGUAACGUUGAAAUACCCAAUUGGCUAGAAGGGUUGCCAUUGGCACCGGAGUUUCGACCUACCGAUACCGAAUUCGCUGACCCAAUUGCUUAUAUAUCGAAAAUCGAGAAGGAAGCUAGCGCUUUUGGUAUUUGCAAGGUCAUACCGCCAUUGCCGAAGCCCUCGAAAAGAUACGUUUUUGGCAACCUAAACAAGUCGCUGGCCAAGUGCCCUGAUUUGGGUGCCGAUGUGAAUUCUCCGAAUUUUUGUUCUUCGUCGAAAAUGGGUUCAUUUGAUGGUGAUGGUGAUAGUGAUGGGGAGGUUCGGGCGGUGUUUACUACGAGGCACCAAGAACUGGGUCAGACUGUGAAAAGAACGAAAGGGGUUGUUCAAAGUACCCCUUUAGGGGUUCAUAAGCAAGUCUGGCAAAGUGGGGAGAUCUAUACUUUGGAGCAGUUUGAAUCAAAGUCCAGGGCUUUUGCUAAGAGCCACUUGGGUAUGGUUAAGGAGGUUUCACCAUUGGUUAUAGAGGCAAUGUUUUGGAAAGCAGCUUCUGAGAAGCCUAUAUAUAUAGAGUAUGCAAAUGAUGUUCCUGGCUCUGCUUUUGGAGAGCCUGAGGGCCAUUUCCGCUAUAUUCGUAGACGUAGGAGGCAGAGAAACUUUUACCAGAGAAGUAGAGAAAGCUCUAAUCGCAAGAAAAAUGAAAUUGUUAGCAAUAGGAAUAGCAUAGAGAAUUCUAUUACUGGUGAUGUUAAAGAUGUUUCCCCUAACCCUGAGAAUGAUUCAGAACAAUGUUUAGAUGCAUCUAAAUCAUCUACUGCAAUAUCAGUAUUGUCGUCAGAUGAAACAUCACGCUCAUCUAGGCAAAAGAGUCAAAGUUGUUGUUUUGAGAAGGAAGGUACUGCGGGCUGGAAGCUUUCAAACAGUCCUUGGAACUUGCAAGUAAUUGCCCGUUCAUCUGGGUCACUUACUCGGUUCAUGCCAGAUGAUAUCCCUGGUGUAACUUCUCCUAUGGUCUAUAUUGGCAUGUUGUUCAGUUGGUUUGCAUGGCAUGUUGAAGAUCAUGAGCUUCAUAGCAUGAAUUAUCUUCACACUGGAUCUCCAAAGACUUGGUAUGCCGUUCCUGGAGAUUAUGCAUUUGCGUUUGAGGAAAUUGUUCGUUCUGAAGCAUAUGGUGUUAACAUUGACCGCCUAGCUGCACUCACACUAUUGGGCGAGAAGACAACCCUAAUGUCACCUGAGGUAGUUGUUGCAUCAGGAAUACCAUGUUGCAGGUUAAUACAGAACCCUGGUGAAUUUGUUGUGACUUUUCCAAGGGCUUACCAUGUAGGAUUCAGCCACGGUUUUAAUUGUGGGGAAGCUGCUAAUUUUGGAACACCACAAUGGCUUAAAGUGGCUAAAGAGGCUGCUGUGCGUCGAGCUGCUAUGAAUUAUCUUCCCAUGCUUUCCCAUCAGCAGCUGCUAUACCUUUUGACCAUGUCAUUUGUGUCAAGAGUGCCAAGAUCCUUACUACCUGGUGUACGGAGUUCUCGUCUGAGAGAUCGCCAGAAGGAAGAAAGAGAGUUAUUAGUGAAGAAGGCUUUUAUUGAAGAUAUUUUGAAUGAAAACGAUACUUUAAAUUUUCUUCUGGGAAAAGAUUCAAGCUACCGUGCGGUACUAUGGAACCCUGAUUUACUGCCAUAUCCAAGUAAAGAGCCAUCGUUGCCCAGUGUAGGUGCUACUGUUGAUCCAACACUAACAGAGAAUAUAUCUCAUAUUCAUCCUGCAAAGGAUAACAAUAAUCAGAAUCAUCUUUUAGAUGAGAUGAGCUUGUAUAUGGAGAAUCUGAAUGACCUAUAUUUGGAUGGCGAUGAUUUGUCAUGUGAUUUUCAAGUUGAUUCAGGGACAUUGGCAUGUGUGGCUUGUGGAAUCCUUGGUUUUCCAUUUAUGUCUGUGGUACAACCAUCUGAGAAAGCAUCACUGGAACUUCUGCCUAAUGAUCAACUUUUGGUUCAAGAAUGCCCCCACGUAUCAGUAUCUAUGAAUUCAUGUUCCUCUCCAGACCUCCAUUCCUCUGGUGAUGCCUCUGUUACAGGAAAUCUUCUCCCGAUUUUGAAUUCCCCAUCUACUGCGGUUCUACCUUCAGUAGUCAACUUUGGCAAUGGUUGGGACACUUCUAAUAAGUUUCUGAGACCGCGCAGCUUCUGCCUGGAGCAUGCUGUUGAAAUUGUGGAGCUGUUGCAGUCUAGAGGUGGAGCAAGGAUACUUGUGAUAUGCCAUUCUGACUAUCAGAAAAUAAAGGCAAAUGCUGCUGCUAUUGCGGAGGAAAUUGGUAGCCCAUUUAGUUAUAAAGAGGUUCCAUUAGAUAUUGCAUCGAAGGAUGAGCUGAACUUGAUAGAUCUUGCAAUUGAUGAUGAAGAACAUGAUGAAUGCAGAGAAGACUGGACCUCAAAAUUGGGGAUCAACCUACGGAACUGUGUCAAGAUCAGAAAGAACUCACCCUCUGAGCAAGUUCAGCAUGCAUUAAAGUUGGGUGGUUUGUUCUCUGAAAAGAUUCAAAUGUCAGAUUUCUCAACCAUCAAAUGGCAGUUGAGAAGAUCUCGCUCAAAAAAGAGCAAUCAUCCAAUGCAUCGCAAGCAUUGUGAGGGCAAUACAAUUCAAAGAAGCAAUAAACCAUGUGAGAGAAAUGAAAUAAAAAAGGAUCUAGUGGUAGGGGAAAGAUCACAGGACACCAUUAAGAAAGAAGUAAAACUCAUUCAAUAUUCAAGGAAGAAGUUCAAGAAAAAACUAGAUGGUUCUACACGAGAAAGUGGGGUUUGCAGAAGUCCUGCUAUGAGGGAAGAUCUUCACAAGCAUAGUAAAUUGGCAACUGAGGAUAACUUCAGUAACAUGGGGAAUUCCUCAAGCAGUGGGAACUCUGAAAAGCAUAAUGAAAUCCAGAUGUUAGAAGCAACAAGGGAUGAGAGCUUGGGCAUUUUUGUUGGUAGUGUAGAGUUACAAAUCAAGAAUUGCAAUUUGGAAAAAUUGAAUUUGGAUGGCAAAGAUUGUAAUUUAGCAGAAUUUGAUAGUUCUGAGAUCCCAGUCAAAAUGGGGGCUAGUGAAGGAUCUAGUGAGAAAAAAUCUACUAAUCCGUUUGUUCAUGCAACCACUGAUAAAAGCUUUGAGAUUCACCAAGAGAAGCAGAUUGUGGCUCAAUUAAGUACAGCUGAUGGGGCUUGUAGUCUAGCUUCUGAAGGGCAGUCUGACAUCCAGGCGAAUGCGGAUAUUUUGAUGAACGAUGUACCUGAUUUGGCUAAGAUAAAAAGCUCCAAUGUUGUAAACUCUCCCGAGGGAACUUUUGAGGGAGCUAAUAAUGAAGUCUAUGAUUGCAUCAUUUCAGAUAAUGGAGUUCAGCAAGAAUUAAAUGCUACCAACAGAAGUAAUAAUAAGGAACCAGUGUCAUGUAACUCUGAACUGAUAAAUUACCCUACUUUAGUCUCAAAAGAAUGUUACGAAGGUCCCAGAGAGAACACUCCUGCCUCAACAGAAGGAGCUUCUAAAAUUCUAACAGAGACCUGUGCUGCAGUUAGAAGGGAUGAGGAACCUGAUUCAAACAGGGAAGAUCAACAAAACUUCCCUACUGCAGUCAUAAGUGAGGAGGAACUUGAGUCAAGCUUUUCAGAGCAACCACAAAUGGAGGCAAAUCCUCCUUUUAUCUCAGCCAAGGACCAUCCUCAAGUUUCUAGGGGAAGCUCUGGUAUAGAAUACUUCAUUGAUGGUAAGCCUCCAGACUCUGUAGAAAAUAUGACAAUUGCAACUAGAGAGUUGGAACCUGUCUUUAACCUUGUCAUACAAACAGAAAAUGGGCCCACUCCUGUCUCUGUUGAAGAAUUUGAAGAUCAAAGUACAUGUGCUAAAGAUAAUCUGAAGGGCAAUUUGACUUCUGAUAAUGAACAGAGGAAAGACCAUGCUACAACUGAUAAUAGUGGAGAGGAAACUGUAUCACCACCAACUGUCUCAACCCAAAAAUAUUCUAGAAGUGAAAGAGAGAACUCGGAUAUGGGAGACUUGUGCAAUGCUAGUGAAGUUUGUUCAUCACAAGAUGAUAGGAAGCUGGCUAACAUCAAAUGCAACACUGCAGAUCCUAAGUCAAUUAUGGGAAAGAAACGAAAAAGGGAAAUGGAGCAGCUAAGAGAAAACAAGUCCAGUUGCAGUAGUUUCAUUAGAAGUCCAUGUGAAGGGCUGCGACCAAGGAUUGCAAAGGAUGCUUCCAGUAGAAGUGGGAUUGACUACCAUGAAGAAGUCAAGGAGAAGCUAGCAACAAAGGAGAAGAAAUCUUCAAGUGCUCCAGUUGCUGCUAAGGAUAAGAAACAAAACUCAAGGAAAUUUCACAAGUGUGAUCUAGAAGGCUGUCGCAUGAGUUUUGACACAAAGGCAGAGCUAACAAUUCACAAACGCAAUCGUUGCCCACAUGAAGGGUGUGGGAAAAGGUUUAGCUCCCAUAAAUAUGCAAUGAUUCACCAUCGUGUGCAUGAUGAUGAGAGGCCACUCAAGUGCCCAUGGAAAGGUUGCUCCAUGUCAUUCAAGUGGGCAUGGGCAAGAACCGAGCAUAUACGUGUGCACACCGGAGAGCGACCAUACCAGUGCAAGAUUGAGGGCUGUAGCCUCUCUUUCAGGUUUGUAUCUGAUUUUAGCCGGCAUAGACGGAAAACAGGGCAUUAUGUGAAUUAACCUGCCUGAAAUAUUUGUUGUUUUGAUUAGGCUGGCUGUGUACUAUAUGGUUAAAAAUACAAAUUGUGUUUGUCUCUGGCCUAAGUGGCCUGCAGUCUUGGAGCCUUGUAGUUAUGUUUAGGUUAGGGAACAGAUUUAACUUUUGGUGGUGUCAUUCCCCAAUUGUUUGAAUGCACCCAUAGUGGAAAGCCCUUUCUUUCGUAGAUUAUGUUGGGUGGUCAAUUCCUUGCUGGCCUAAAUCUGGGAAGCUA